AUGCGUGUUUCAGCCCUCGCCUUCGCUGCCAUUCUGUCCCUGGUCUCGGCCAAACAGAUCAAUAUGCACUGUAACUUCGCCGAGGACCACACCGGCAUGGUUCAGCAGCCCUACUGCUGCCGUGAUUUGGUACCUGCACGGGGAAACUCGAAGGCAAAUGAGGCAUUGGACUGUGAUCAACUGGACCAACCUCAACUGUGUGAAGAUCAGUCUCGGCCGGCUUGCUGUUAUACUAUUGGCCCGAAGAAGAUCUGUACCGGCCAUGUUAUCUUCCAGGAUGCAGAGGAUGUUUAG